AUGGCGGAGAGCUCAAACAGCGCCAUGGACGAGUCCGCGCCGUUGGUCAUGGACGAGGUCCUUCAGCAGCUGAUGCAGGAUGACCAAGAGGAAUGGGAAUACGAAUAUUCAACUACAGAAACCGAAACGUAUUACCUUACGCUGGAGCUCUCAUACCCCGAAUUUAAAGGCAUGUCGGCCAAAAUGAACAUUCACUCGCGCGGCGGAUACUACAAGAAUUGGCAAGAGACGACUGGUGGUGCGGAUCCGAUCAGCCGGCCGUCCGGUAGUGCGGCCGGCGCUGACUCUCGCGCCGUCGUCGCAGAGGUCCACGUGCGGAUCAAGGACGACGUCAGCAGCAACGACGAAGCUCCAACCUCCACGGCCGAACGCGACGAAGACGACGGAGAUGCAAUGAUUGACCCGGCCUUGCGACGCUCAAAAGGCAAGGAGCCUGUACGGAAGAACAUUGACUUGACGCGAGCAUCAACGACAAGGGAGCCGACCGCGGAGCCAGCUGCGUCUGGAGACGCCCCCUCGCAUGAACAAGAACCCGAACCACGAGAAGAUAUACAAAUACUAGAGCUUCACUCUGACCAUCCGCUGAUAUCGUACCGCGGACGGCUGUUUGAGGGCGAGUGGGCCGAAGUCAUCGGCACGGAGGCGUUGCUCGCCCGGCACGACGACGAGCACCCGCUACCGGCGCUGCGGCGCGUCGGCGGCGAUAUUGACGUGCUGGGCGCACUGUCGUCGCGCAUCGUCACCAAGGAAAAGGUGGCGAAGGCGCGGCACGAGGAGGGCGCGGAUCCACUGGCGGCGACGCGGGCCGAGUUGAACAUGCAAGUCCCCGCGGGCAAGCUCGACCGCACGGGGGCUCGGAAGCAGCAGGCGCGGUUCCUGGAGAACCUGAUUGCGCUCAAGAAGAUCAAGGGCCAGACGGAUGACGUGACGGUGUACGCGCUCGACGGCGCGGGCAAGGACUUUGACGACAACAAGGACCCGGACUACAAGCCGCGGCGCAAGCGGACGGCGGCGGCGGCGGCGUUGGGGAUGCCGCCUAUGAGGGGCAGCGGUGGUGGUGGCGGGAGGCGAGGACGAGGACGGCUGGCGGCGGCCAGGCGGGGCAGACAGGGGAGAGUUCUGUCGCAACCCAGGUCAACGCCGACGCCGGCGCGGUGGGAGGACUUGGAGGAGCAGCAGGGAGGGGGGGAUGAGGAGGCUAGCGAGGCGAUGGACGAGUACGAGGAUGAUGAUAUAUCCAUGUCCAUGGGCUGA